AGUUGGCUCCCUGUAAAUUUCAGUAGUAUGCGUAUCGAGAAGUGCUGGUACUGCAGUAGUAAUAUCUAUCCUGGUCAUGGUGUGAUGUUCGUACGGAAUGACGGCAAGAUCUUCCGUUUCUGCCGAUCGAAGUGCCAUCGUCACUUCAAGCGGAAGCACAACCCUCGCAAGGCUGCCUGGACCAAGGCAUACAGGGCUGCCCAUGGUAAGGAGAUGACUACUGACUCUACUUUCGACUUCGAGAAGAAGAGGAACACUCCUGUGAAAUACGAUCGCGACUUGUGGGUGAAGACAGUCCGAGCGAUGAAGAUCGUCGAUCGCAUCAGAACGGUACGCAAGGAGAGGUUCCAGAAGAACAGGUUGGCUGCACAGAGGAAGGUCCGCAUCCACCUCGCCGAAAAGGAGAUCGCGAAGCAGGGCGAGCUGCUCAAGAAGCCGAUUACCAAGCUGGAUCAGAUGAAGCGUCGGGAGGAGCUCAAACGCAAGGAAGGAGCUCUGCCGGCUCAAGCAGAGAAGGUCCAGAGAAUGGAUGUCGAUGGUGGUACCGACUCGGACUAGAUGUGGAGAGAGACCGCAUUCGCUGCGUAUACGUCACUACUUACAAUACAACUAGCUUAACGUCACAUUACUACUGGAAGGUUUCUCCUGGCGAUCG